UGUGCCACGCCCUCCUCAUGACCUUUGACACGACAGAAGAAAAUGGCGCCACUCCUUGGUGACAGCAUGUUGGAAACUGUCGGGAUUGUCGCCCUUUCGUACAUCGGCUUCAAACUCCUGUGGUCCCUACUGAAGGGCAUCAGGCUGUACAUGCUGUCAGGACCACUGGGGCUUUCUGUCAACAUCAAAAACCUGGGAAACUGGGCAGUUGUGACAGGCUCCACUGAUGGCAUUGGCAAGGCUUAUGCAGAAGAGCUGGCAGCUCGUGGAUUAAAUCUUGUCCUGAUCAGCCGAUCAGAAGACAAACUGAAGGCUGUAGCUGCAGAGAUAGAAGACAAAGCUGGUGUCCAGACUAAGAUAGUGGUUGCAGACUUCUCAUCAGCAGACAUCUAUGAUAACAUCAGUCUACAGUUGGAGGGACUGGACAUUGCCUGUCUGGUGAACAAUGUUGGGGUAGGAUACAAGUUUCCUGACUUCUAUGGGAACACUGGUGCAGAAAUUGAUGAAAUGAUGCUCAAUGUCAACGCUCUGUCUGUUGUCAAGAUGACAAGGAUUGUGCUGUCUAGCAUGGAAGAGAGGAAGAAGGGUGUGAUUUUGAACAUCUCCUCUGCUUCAGGAGUUAGCCCUACCCCACUGCUGUCUCUUUAUUCUGCAAGCAAGGCCUUUGUGGACUACUUCUCUCGCUGCCUGGCACAUGAAUACAGGAGCAAGGGUAUCAUCAUACAGAGUGUGACUCCCCACUUUGUGGCCACCAAGCUGAGCGGGAUCCGUAAGGCCAACGCCUUGAUGCCGACUCCGACGUCCUACGUACGCAGCGCCCUAAACACCGUCGGACUGGCAGAUCACACGUUCGGAUACUACCUACAUGCCCUGGAGGGUUGGCUGUUGGAUCUGCUUCCUCAACGUCUGGCUAUGAGCCUUGCCAUGUCACUCCUCAACAAUGUUCGCAAGGCUGCCAUCAAGAAGCUUCAACGCAAGAAGGAAAAGUGAAGAUGCUGUAACAUGAUAUGUUGACAUGUACACAUGUACCCCCCUGGUAAAUUAGUGGUUAAUGUUGCACAGACGAAACAUGGGGGAGGUGAAAUAUUGCAAUUUUUGUACAUGACAACAUUCCUACAUUUACUUCCAGGCAAAUUUCAGUAGACACAAGUUUCUUGUGUACAAUACAAUGUACUCUUUUACAUGUAGAGUUUAUGUGCCUAAGCACUGUGUCCAACACAUUUGCAAUCAAUGAUGUUUUGUUGUUUAGCUUAUAGCAUACGUCAGUAUAUGGAGAUUUACUGGGUAACAAUUAUAGGCAUGCUAAUGCAAUAUUAGCUAGUUACAAAAUUUUUUUUAAUCAAUGGGGUAACCUCAAUGCCUUUGUUAAAAGUUAGUCAUCACCAGGUACAUAAUGACAUACUCUUCCAUCUUCCUGUAAAGUGUCAGUAAGUACCAUAACCUCUUCUUAGGCCUUGCAAACUAGUCUCACCACACAGACAAGCAAAUAAGUGUCAAACAAUAAAGACAAAGGCAAUG